AUGGGGGAGAUGGAUGAAAAGAACUCCAAAAAGCUGGCCUUUGAGCCCAAGUCACAGCACACAUCAGAUGAAUUCUUACAAGACUUUCUCAGCCCUUCCUUCGACCCAGUCUCAUACAUCAACGCCAGCUUACCGCCGCUGGCUCAGAAAUUACCCAUACCCUCGAAUCACAAUGCGGUGCCCCUUGCGGAACUCGCCACGCAGGCCCAGACGCUGCUGUCGCAGCUGGAUGCUCACACAACGAGGCUGUCGGACACGCUGACGCAGAUCACCGACGACAUCCUCAGGAGCGGGAGCAGGAUGUCGUACGAGGUGGAGAUGCUGCGAGGCGAGGCGCUGAGUCUGGAGGAGCUGCUGUUUGAGAAGCUGGCUGACCAGAUCAGCAUGUUUGUGCCGGGAGGCUUGCAAAAGGAGGGCGAGGUUAAGGACGACGAGGAGAAGCCAAAGGAAAAGAAGAAGCCUGUGGAAGAUGUCGGCGAGGAAUCUGAGGCGAAAGCAGUCGCAAAACCCGAGGCUCAAGCUGCUGGAGCUGGAGGAUCGGAGCCCGAGUCUAUCAAGCAGCUGCGGACGCUUACCCUCGUCCGUGAACGCCUGGAUUCCGUCAUCAAGAUAUUUGGCGACGCUAUGGAGUUUACCUUUCCGCCAUCAGAAGUGUCCGUCAGUUCAGGGUUCUUGUCCGUGUCAGCACCAGAGCCUGGAUCAGACCUGCAGAGCAGUGAGGAGAAGGGCCAGCAAAUUCUCAAGAAGCUACGGGACGAGAUAUCAACCUUGCUGAACAACAAGCAAGACCCCGUUUCAGGAAUUGAGAAGGCAGCGGAGAGAAUCGAGCAGCUUAAGGAAUUGACGACGGUGUGGACUGGCACGGCAGAGGAGAGGGGCAGGACCAAGUUUAUCGAGAGCCUGGCCAAGAUGGUGGAGGACAGACACCGCGAACUACUAAAGGAGCUUGAUACGAAGAAGAGCGAGGCUAUUACGGCGAGGCAUGAAAGGGGCAGUGGCAGUAGUGUGACUGCGAGAGACGUUGCCAUGGCAGAGGAGGCAAAGGCGCUGCCGGGAGGGUUUGGGCUGAUGAGCCAGCUGCAGAAACUGCGCGGUGGCUUGUGA